GUUAAGCAAAUUUUGUGUAGUAUCUCCGCUGACAUAACCGUUGAAGGCUAUUUAAAUCCGUUUCUUGUGUUUGGGGUACGUCAUAUGACAACAGAAUGAUGCAGUUGAUGAAAGGGUAUAUAAAUAGAGACUUGCAAGAUGCUCUUACCAACCAUUACACCAUCACUUCAACAAACAACUAAUACAAGAUGACUUCAAACAAUACAAUCGGUUAUGGUCUUAUGGGAAUGACUUGGAGGGAUGAUCAAGUGGAUGAUGAAACAGCAUUCACAGCAAUGCGAGAAGCAAUAAAGAUGGGCGCUGUUCAUUGGUCAACGGCUGAAUUUUAUGGGCCAAAAGAGAACCCUAAUGCUGGUAUUCAUUUAUUAAGAAGAUACUUUGAUCGUUAUCCAGAAGAUGCAAAAAAGGUUUCAAUUUAUGUCAAAGGAUGUUUUAAUAUUAAAACAUUCAGUACGGAUUCAAGUGCAGAUGGUGUUCGUAAAUCAUUGCAUAACUGUCAAACAAUCUUGGGAUCAUCAAAAGCUGUCGAUUAUUUUGGUCCAGCUAGACGUGAUAAAAACGUAUCAAUCGAAGAAACUAUGGAAGCAUUCAAAGCCUUAAUUAAAGAAGGUCAGAUCAAAGGUGUCUUCUUAUCGGAAGUUGGAGAAGAAACCAUUCGUAAAGCACAUGCUGUUCAGCCUUUGAGUGCAGUAGAAGUUGAAUUUUCAAUGUUCACACAGGAUAUCCUUGAAAAUGGCGUUGGUAAAGCAACAAAAGAUCUUGACAUUUCAAUCCUCGCAUAUUCACCUUUAGGACGUGGUUUCUUGGCCGGUGCAGUAAAGAGCAUCAAUGAUAUUCCAAAAGGUGAUCGCAGAUUGGUGUUUGAUCGAUUCCAAGGUGAAAAUCUGGAAAAGAAUGUCGCUUUAGCGGAGAAAAUCAGAAAUUUUGCUCAACGAAUCGGUGCAACACCAGCUCAAGUUGCUAUUGCUUGGAUGUUUUCUAAUCCGGACAAGACGGGUAAAAUGAUCCCAAUUCCAGGAGCAACAAAAAUUGAAAGAGUUCACGAGAAUUCAAGUCUGAUUUCCUUGUCAACUGAACAGAUAAAAGAGUUGAAUGAGCUCGUGCCUGCGGCCCACGUUUCUGGCGGUCGUGCAAACAAGGCUGCCGAAGCAUUGCUAUGGGGAUGAUGCUAUUAUAUUGAAUAUGUUACUACGUCG